AUGUCGCUUAUAUCGGUUCCAUUAGCAAUACCGGAAGAUUACAUUUCAUCUUCAUCGGAAGGUGCGUCAGACAUUUUGGUGACAGCGACAAAUGCGCCUAACAAAGAAAUGGGCGGUAAAGAUGAAAAGAAUGUAAGAGAAGAAAAAAGAAAUUCGAUGGAAUCAAUGCUAUCACCGCUAAUUACAUAUAUGCGACUGUUGGGCUUUACAAAUAUAACAAAUAAUGAUCGAUUACAGAAACCUUUGCUAGUUUACAAUAUUUUGGUGAUAAUUUGUUUGGUAAGUGUAUUUGAAUUGCUGUAA